AUGGGUGAAAUCAACAAAGAAGAUGUUGAAAAAUAUUUGGAGAACAACCCGCAAUUUGCCAAGGAGUUUUAUGAUAAAAGACUUCGCCCAGAAGCAUUAACGAACCUCUUCAGAGUCAACACCGAGAAUUUGAAGGAAGGUGUCUCCUUCAAAGAAAUGACCAGGGUAGAAGAAUGUGAGAUACUUUUGGAAUUGCUUUCCGAAAUCCAGAAUGAUGAAGCUGGUAUGGAAAAGAUCUCACAUAAAGUCCUGCAAAGGUUGGCACAAUUAAUAGCAGCCGACAAGUGUAGCAUGUUUAUUUCCCGUUCUCGCAAUGGUACCCCAGAGUUAGCUAGCACGCUCUUCGAUGUCACCCCUACUUCCAGUUAUGACGACAAUUUGGUGAAUCCUGACAAAGAAAUUGUUUUUCCUCUGGACAUUGGGAUAGUAGGUUGGACUGCUCAUACUAAGAAAUCAUUUAAUGUUCCAGAUGUAAAGAAGAUACUUUUAUGGUCUGCCAACAAAGUAUUUGAAGAACUUACAGAUAUUGAGCGACAGUUUCACAAAGCCAUGUACACUGUUCGACAACAUUUAAACUGCGAAAGAUAUUCCAUUGGUUUGCUGGAUAUGACCAAAGAGAAGGAAUUUUAUGAUGAAUGGCCAAUUAAAUUGGGAGAAGCAGAGCCUUACAAAGGACCAAAGACCCCUGAUGGUCGGGAAAUUAACUUCUAUAAGAUUAUCGAUUAUUUUCUACAUGGAGAAGAACAAAUCCAAGUAAUUCCGUCACCUCCUGCAGAUCACUGGUGUCUUGUCAGUGGCUUACCAACUUACGUUGCUGUAAAUGGAUUUAUUUGUAAUAUGAUGAAUCCAGCAGCUGACGAAUACUUCACGUUUCAGAGAGAACCUUUGGAUGACUCAGGCUGGACCGUCAAAAAUGUCUUGUCUUUACCUAUUGUAAACAAAAAAGAAGAGAUUGUAGGCGUAGCUACCUUUUACAACAGGAAAGAUGCCAAACCCUUUGAUGAAUAUGACGAACAGAUAACUGAAAUGCUUACCCAGUUCCUUGGGUGGUCUGUCUUAAAUCCUGACACAUAUGAAAAAUUGAAUAAGAUGGAAAAUCGGAAAGAUAUAGCUCAGGAAAUGCUCAUGUAUCAGACAAUAGCGACACCUGCAGAAGUUAAAAGUAUAUUGAAAUGCCAAGAAAAAUUGAAUCAAGAAAAUUUUGAAGACUGUAAUGAGAAAGAGCUUGCUAAAAUUCUGGCAGAAGAAUUGCCCGAGCCAGGCAGUGUUGAACUUUUUGAAUUUCGCUUCAGCGACUUCCCCGUUACAGAUCAUGACUUAAUCAAGUGUGGCAUACAAAUGUUCUUCCAGUUAAAAGUCAUAGAGAAGUUCAAAGUACCACCACAGGUACUCACAAGAUGGAUGUACACAAUCAGAAAAGGAUAUCGUGACAUCACUUACCACAACUGGAGGCAUGGAUUUAAUGUCGGACAGACCAUGUUUGCUCUUUUGAUGACCGGUAGGUUAAAGAAAUAUUAUACUGACCUAGAAGCCUUUGCUAUGGUAUCUGCAGCUUUCUGCCAUGAUAUUGAUCAUAGAGGAACCAACAACUUAUUUCAAAUGAAGUCAGCAGCUCCAUUGGCAAGACUCCAUGGCUCCUCCAUUUUAGAAAGGCACCAUCUAGAGUACAGUAAAACCCUGCUACAAGAUGAGAGUUUAAACAUCUUCCAAAAUCUAAAUAAACGCCAGCAUGAAAAUGUUCUACAUAUAUUUGAAGUUUGCAUCAUAGCAACUGACUUGGCUCUGUAUUUCAAGAAAAGGACUAUGUUUCAAAAAAUAGUGGAUGUCACUGAAAAAAUGGAAGAUGAGAAUGAAGCAAUUAAAUACAUAACUAUGGACCCUACCAAAAAAGAAGUAAUCAUGGCUAUGAUGAUGACCGGCUGUGACCUUUCUGCCAUCACUAAACCUUGGGAGGUGCAAAGUAAGGUUGCUUUGAUGGUUGCAAGUGAAUUUUGGGAGCAAGGCGAUCUUGAAAGAACUGUCUUACAGCAACAGCCAAUUCCUUUGAUGGACAGAGCCAAGAAGGAUGAAUUACCUAAGCUUCAAUGUGGUUUCAUUGAUUUUGUAUGUACCUUUGUGUAUAAGGAAUUCUCAAGGUUCCAUAAAGAAAUUACACCUAUGUUUGAUGGUCUUCAAAACAACCGAGUGGAAUGGAAAGCUCUAGGUGAUAUUUAUGACGCGAAGAUGAAAGCUCUCGAAGAAGAAAAGAAAAAGCUAGAAGAUGAUGGCAAGAAAGGUGAGGCAUAUAGAAAUGUGCUGAUUCAGGCAAUCCAUGGAUACAUACAAACAUUUCCGUAACACUGAGAAUUUUUGCUGAGUUGGAACUUAAGGUACCAAAUGUAGUUUUAAUUGAUAUAAUUUCAUGGUCUGCAGUACAUUCCAUCAGUUCUUUGCUGCAACAGAUUAACCCAGCUAUCCUUAGGGAUUAGUGUAAAUAAUGACAAAUCAUAAUGAGCAAAUUCUAAAUAUCCUAGGAGUCCACUAAAUGAAAGAGUUUAAAUUGGUUUAGACAGAAGAUUCUGGAACAAUACGAAGCAAUAAAGCAGAAAAUCAGCCAAAA